CCUCAUGCCAGCGGUCAUAAAGCGAUAGCCCGGACUGACCAGCGCAAGGCAGAGGAACGUUCGAUACCGACUCGAAAUUACAACCAGACAGUCCGGCCAAGCGUGUCGUCUUACCACCAUGGCGCACUUCUACGACUCCGAACUGAAGCGACCCAGCGCCUUCAACUUCGCAACAGACGUCGUCGACUACUGGGCCGCUCAUUCUCCCCCAGCGAAACUGGCAAUGCAUUGGGUCUCCGGCGAUCUGCAGAGCGAGCGCCAACUCACUUAUGCGCACUUCAGCCGUCAAUCGAACCGCCUGGCCGUUUUCUUUCGCGACAAGCUCGGCAUCAAAGCUGGCGAAAGGCUGCUGAUCAUCAUGCCUCGCGUUCCGGACUGGUGGGAGAUUGCCACGGCGUGUAUUCGAUCGGGCAUUGUCGUGUGUCCCGCUACGACGCUGUUGGUCGACAAGGAUAUCGACUAUCGCGCGAAUCGAUCGGGCGCGACGGUUUUUGUGGGCGAUCAUGCCAGCGUAGAGAAGUUCUUAAGGGUGAAGAAGACUUGUCCGAAGGUUAAGACCAUUGUGCAGAUUGGAGAUGCGAAGGUGCCUGAUGGUGUGUUGUCGUUGCAGAAGGAGAUGCAGUCCGUGCCUGAAGAUGCCAAGUAUGAUGGGCCGAAACCUCGUAUCAAAGACCCAGUCAUGCUUUACUUCACCUCGGGCACAACUGGACAGCCAAAAAUGGUCCAACACAACCAAAUCUCCUACCCGCUCGCGUCAACAAUCACAGGCAAACACUUCCACCGCCUGCAGCCUGGUGCGGUCAACUGGGUCCUCACAGAGCAAGGCUGGGCCAAAGCCGCAUGGGCCUAUUUCGGCACAUGGAACUGCGGCGCCGCGCUCUUCAUCCACGAUGACCGAGGCGCCUUCAGCGGUAAGAAGACACUCGACGUCCUUCACCGCUACCCCAUCACCACUCUCUGCGCGCCUCCGACGGCCUAUCGUCAGCUCGUGUUGGACGAGAUGCGCCAGCACUUCAAGAAGAAUCCGCCAAGCGCGCUGCGGCACUGUGCGGGCGCUGGAGAGCCGUUGAACCCCGAGGUCAUUCGCAUCUGGAAGGAGAUGAGCGGGCUGGAAAUCGCGGAUGGAUUUGGGCAGUCAGAGACGGUGCUGGUAUGUGGGAACUUCGAAGGUUCUGCUAUCCGACCAGGCUCGAUGGGCAAGCCCUCACCCGGCGUGCCAUUGGCCGUAAUCGAUCCAGACGGCAAAGAGUGCGAGCGGGAUGUGGAAGGGGACAUCGCCCUGCUAGUCGAUCUCUCCGAAUCGUCGAAUUUCUUCGGCGUCUUUGACGGCUACCUCGACGAACACGGCACCCUAACCCGCAACCUGCGCACCAACCCCUCCUCGCAAAAGCAACCCUGGUACCCCACCGGCGACCGCGCAGUCCGCGACAAAGACGGCUACUUCUGGUUCGUCGGCCGCGACGACGACGUGAUCAACACCGCCGGGUACCGCGUGGGUCCAUUCGAAGUGGAGAGCACGCUCAAACAGCACCCGGCGGUGGUGGAGAGCGCGGUGGUGUCGUCGCCCGAUGCUUCCAGGGGCGAGGUGGUGAAAGCGUUUAUCGUGCUGACGGAGCAGGCGGCCAAGGGCGGCAAGGAGAACGCAGGGCUGGUGAAGGAGUUGCAGGAUUUUUGCAAGGAGAAUGCCGCGCCGUACAAGUACCCGCGCAAGAUUCAAUUUGUGGACGCGCAGUUCCUGCCCAAGACGAUUUCGGGCAAGAUUCAGCGGAAGAAGUUGAAGCAGAUGGAGUGGGAGGGGGAGAAGGGUGGGAAGGCGAAGUUGUAGCUGGAUUGCUUUGGAUGGAAUGGAUUCUAUGGAGCACUUCUUCUGCCAAAGACGCGGAGUCGCUUUACUCCGCCGUCGGGGAUGAUGACCAUCUUCACGUAGCUGUACGGCUUGUCGGUCGCUUUGAGCACAUCACUCCCGUACUCAUGCUCUUUAUCCGGCCCCGUCUUUUGCGCUGGCAAGAUCUCCGUCCAAGCCGUCUGAUCGUCAUGCUUUG